AUAAAGUUAUAUCAUGAUUAACUUGCAUUGUAUUAUCUAAGAAAACUUUUUGUAGGGAUUUGCAGGGCACAUCCUUGGACGGCCCAAUUCCUUCUGUCAUAUCUUACUUGACAAAUUUGACAGAAUUGAGGAUAUCUGAUUUGAAGGGACCAACUAUGACAUUUCCUAAUCUGAAGAAUUUGAAACUUUUGCUAAGAAUAGAUCUGAGCUCCAACAUGUUAACAGGUUCAAUCCCAGAUUCAUUUCAGGAUUUGGGAAAUCUAAAUUACUUGUUUCUGACUAACAAUUCUCUAAGUGGACCAAUUCCUGAUUGGAUACUGAGCAUAAAAAAGCAUAUUGAUUUAUCUUUGAACAAUUUCACAAAGACUUCUGCAAAUAAUUGCCAAAUGCCGGAUGUGUAAGCUUCUUUUUGUCUACAAAUUAUUUAAGCAUUUCACCU